AUGGGCACAUUUUUAGCAGGACAGGGCGGCAGGUUCGUUGAUGAGGAAGGUGAUUUGGACACGAUAUUAGAGCAACGUCGCAGCCGUGACUAUGAUAGUGAGCUAGAUGAUGAAACAGAGACGGGCACACAGGUCGAGACAGUAGCAGUAGUUUAUAGUCAAGCGAACGCGAGCAGACAAAGGCCAGCUCGAUCACGUCAGAGCUCUAGCGACCAGGUGUCCAGAGUUAUUUCGCCCAUGUGUGACGAGGAUCAAAAAGAUGACAUUAACCCAGUACUGAGCUUCCUACGAUCAAUGAAAGAUGAAGCUGACGAACGGCGUAAGAAGGAAAAGGAAGAAGAUGAGAAACAUCGUAACAAGGAGAAGGAAGAAGAUGAGAAACAUCGUAACAAGGAGAAGGAAGAAGAUGAGAAACAUCAUAACAAGGAGAAGGAAGAAGAUGAGAAACAUCGUAACAAGGAGAAGGAAGAAGAUGAGAAACAUCGUAACAAGGAGAAGGAAGAAGAUGAGAAACAUCGUACAAGGAGAAGGAAGAAGAUGAGAAACAUCGAAAAGGAAGAAGAUGAGAAACAUCGUAACAAGGAGAAGGAAGAAGAUGAGAAACACCGUAACAAGGAGAAGGAAGAAGAUGAGAAACACCGUAACAAGGAGAAGGAAGAAGAUGAGAAACAUCGUAAGAAGGAGAAGGAAGAAGAUGAGAAACAUCGUAACAAGGAGAAGGAAGAAGAUGAGAAACAUCGUAACAAGGAGAAGGAAGAAGAUGAGAAACAUCGUAAGAAGGAGAAGGAAGAAGAUGAGAAACAUCGUAAGAAGGAGAAGGAAGAAGAUGAUAAACAUCGUAAGAAGGAGAAGGAAGAAGAUGAGAAACAUCGUAACAAGGAGAAGGAAGAAGAUGAGAAACAUCGUAACAAGGAGAAGGAAGAAGAUGAGAAACAUCGUAACAAGGAGUAG